AUGCCUCCGGGAGGGGGCGUGGCUCCCACGGUCCGAUCUCAUUGGCCGCGAGCCCCCCACAUGUCCCUCCCCCCCACCCCGGGCCGCCCCUCCCGGCCCCACAGCCGGAGCCGCCUGCAUCGCCCCACGGCGCCCCAUAAGUUGUGGGGUCGGGAGCCGCGUUGUUUGGUGGCCCCCCCCGGUUGUGUGGGGCUGCCCCACGGCCACCUGUACGACCCACGGCGGCCGGAGAGCUCCUUCAAGCAGUGCUUCGAAUCUAUGGGGCUGCUGGGCCGAGGAUCCUAUGGCACGGUGUACAAGGUUCGCAGCCUGGCCGACGGCCGCCUUUACGCCCUGAAACGCAGCCGCCGUCCGUUCCGCGGCCCGGCGGACCGCGAGCGCGCCCUGCUGGAGGCCUCCCGCCACCGCGCCGCGGCUCCGGAGCGGCACUGCGUGCGGCUGUGGGCCGCGUGGGAGGAGCGCGGCCUGCUGUACCUGCAGAGCCAGCUGUGCCGCCACGGCAGCCUGGAGGCCGCCACGGCCGGGCGGCGGCGCGGGGAGCGGCGGGCGCUGCGGGGCUGGAGGCUGCGCGCCUACAUGAGCGACCUGCUGGCGGCGCUGCGCCACCUCCACGGCCGCGCCGUGCCGCACGGCGACGUCAAGCCCGGCAACGCGCUGCUGCACGGCGGCCGCUGCCUGCUGGCCGACUUCGGGAGCGGCAGGGCCGGGGCCGGGCGCUACGCCGCGCCGGAGCUCGGGGGGGGCGGCGCCACGGCGGAGGGCGACGUGUUCAGCCUGGCGCUGACGGUGGCCGACGUGGCGCUGGGGCAGCGGGCGGCCGACGGGGAGACGUGGGCCGAGCUGAGGGGGGGGGCGCGGCUGCCGCGAGCCCUGAGGGAAGCCGUUCCCGCCGCGCUGCUCCCCCUGCUGGCGGCCAUGUUGGACCCGGACCCGCGGCUGCGGCCCACGGCGGCCGGCUCUGCUGGACUCGGCGCCGAUGCGCAGCGCCGCAAGAUGGCGCCCCGCUCAGCCGCCUGCUGGACCUGGCGCUGCGGCGCGGGGCCGAGCUGCUGCAGCCCCGUCCCGCCCCACAUCGACCCAUGGGAUGAAGACGAGGAAGAGGAGGGAGAUCGAGGCCCCCUGGGAUCGCAGCCCCAACGGGAGCCCCACAGCCUUCGGCCCCAUUGCCUCCACCCCACAGCACUGCAGGUCGGCACCAAGCUCCCCCGAUGGCAGCCCCGCGUCCCCGGGGCGCCUGCGCCGCACUCUCACCUUCGAAGAAGAUCCAGAGCCCCGCCCCAUAGCGCUGAUUGGCCAACGGGAUGGAAACGACGCUUCCGAUUGGCCGACGGGACGGGACUGAGUUCUGAUAGGCCGGCGGUUGGACCCGCCCACUUAAGCGCGGCGCUGCAACCGAGCGGGGGGGCGUGGCCAAAGGGAAAAGCCCCCGCCCACUCCCACCCCCUCGCCGCAAUCCCAUUGGCUGGCCCAGAAGCGGACCGCGCCAUAUAAGGACUCGGGAAUGCCAGCAGGGUAUUUGCGUAGCCCCCCGCCCCACCGCCCGCCGCGAUUUGAA